AUGAACAAUCCUCAUCAUCAGCCGCCAUUAUCAUCACAUCCUUCUCCUACUCAGCCAUUGAUGACACCGUCAUCAUUUCAUCAUCAUCAACACCACCACCACUUGGUGGAUGAAGAUGAUCUUUCCUCAUUAUUUCCAACACUCAAUACGGAAGAAGAAAACACAACAACAGCAUUGGUGUCAUUGUCAAACACAACGUCAAAAUCAAAUUUACAGAAAGCAGCAACUGCACAGACAUCCACGUUCGAUACAUCUGCCUCGGAAGAAUUGAACAACAAGCAAACAGCAGCGAUGGAUUCUUCCCAUGUACCCAUUUCAUGUCAUGAAGAAGAUACUUUCUUAAUUCCUCAAAUACCGAUGAAUAAUAUGACUACUACUACUUCACGGAAACAGCAACAACAAGCAAUAUCAUCAACGAAUGUGACGAAGACGACGACGACGAUGAAGACUCAUCCCUCUUCUUCUUCUUUCUCUUCUCAACAACACCAUCAAGACACUAAUAAUAAUCGAGGCAAGUCAAGUUCUUGCACACAAUCCAAUCAUGUCAAUUCAGUCUCUUCUUCUUCUUCGACACGUCCACUCACACUCAUGGUGAAAUAUAUAAAUUCUAAUAAUGGGAAAGAAUUGUACAGUACAUUAAUAAGAAUGGAGAAAUAUCCUGAAUCGUUGGAGUUGGUGCAACAAGUCACAUUGAAAAGGUGGAAUGAUAAGUGUGAAAUUGUGAAUUCAAAUUUACAGAGUCAUCUCAACAAACACCAAACUUCUUCUCAACCCUCAACGACCUUAACAACAAGCUCGUCAUCAAUUUGGAAAAAGCGAGAAGAACCAUUUUCAAGAAUUAGAGUUCAAUGCACGGAUCGAUUUAAUUCCAGAAUUCAACUGGAUUUAGACAAUAUGUUUUUGAAAGAUUUUAAUCUGAAAGAGAAUGAUUUACUGUGGGUCCUUGUUUGA